CGGAGCAUUUUGAAAAUCGACUGCGCUCGCAACAGUCAUCGGCAUCCCAUUCGAGAGCAUUGUCCGCGUGACCAACGGCCGCGGAACACAUACUGAAAUAUUGAAAUAUAAAAUAUAUCAAAUAUUACAGUCAUUGUCAAUAAUAUUAUUAUUAUUUUUUUUAUAACAUCGUCGUUAUUAUAUAGAGCCACGCGAGUGUACAUUUUAAUUUUUCACUCAACUAUGAUCUUUGGGUACUCGUGGAUUUUUGUCUGCGCGUGGAUUGCGUAUUGCUGUGCAGAUAUCAGUAACACGCAAAUGCCGUGUAAAAACAGUUUGGACCUUUGUUUGAAAAACGUGUCCAUCCUUUUGGAACACAGUGGUCAAGUUGGUAUUCCGAAAUCGAAAACCGAUGUGGAUAUAGUUUGCAAAGGGUUCAAAAUGGGAAUGAAGUGCCUCGAUGAUUUUUCAAAUUUAUGUCUAUCAUUAGAUGAAAAGAAUAUGGUCAACGAUAACGUAAUUGGAGCCAAAUAUACAUUCAAAUUUUUAUGCGAUGAUGAAAAAUUCCAAAGAGACUUUCUGAAGUAUACAGACUGUUAUCAGGUGAUGAACUCGGACUGGGACUUGUGUACCUCAACAUUCAUGUCAUUGGUGAGCGAAGAGAUGAACAGCAACCAGUCGGAGGAUGCUAAAGUUUUGAAUCUGUGUUGUGCAAAACAUGGUUUUCUAAAUUGUGUAUAUACUACAAGUAAAAUCAAGUGUGGGAGGGAAGAAGCUACUUUUAUAAGAAAAAUCGCUGAAACAUUAUCUGAAAACAAAUUUGUGUCAUCAGCGUGUCAACAUAUAGAAAUGAGACACUGCAACACAGCUCAACAGACAGCAUACAAUCUAUUCACAAUAAUAUUUAAUGUAUUUAUAAUUAUAUGGUAUUAUAAAAUAUAAUGUAAAAGUAUUUUGUGACAAAAAUUAUUCUGUAUUUGUAUUAUAAAAAACAAAAUAAAACAUAUUUUAUGUUGAUAUAACUAACUAGUAUAAUGUACAGGAUACACAAGGAAUGUAAGUUAUUAAUAAAGACUAAAUUAUAAU